AUGUACAAGCCCGCGACAUGGGCGGAGUCGAUGACGGUAACCUUUAUAUGUACCAUGGGACGCCUCGAACUGCGAGGGUCUGUACGCGUCAGACAGCUUUCCCUGCUCGCUGCAACCUGUUUCCUGAAGCACGGCAUCACCGUCACUGGAACCUGCGGCCAACUUUCUUGUAGCCUUGGUGUGCUCAGCUAUGGGAGCGCCGCAAGUCCACGGCAGUCCAGCCGAGAAGCCACCUUCAGAGAGAGGAUGGCGGCAUCGAUUGAUUGUCCGGGACGCGGGGGAUCGCCUGCACAGGCACGGGAUCAGCUCGCUUGCCGCUGUUCGAAGGAGAACUCGCUUGGACUCUGUCAAGUCAACUCAGCGCAGCGCAUCAACCCUGCAUGCUGCAGCGACUCCUUGCGUGGAAAUGUCCAAGGUGGCUUUAAGUGUCACAGCUCGGCACUGCGUUUGUGCCCGAAAGCCAUUUUGCACGACGGCGAACUCAUCAGGACAGGACGGCCAGAGUAA